AUGUGGCUACGAGAAUACCUCAAGGCGCUGUUCUCGUACCACACAGGAGAUGAAGAGGAUAUCGCUGGAGCCGGAGAGACAGCAACACGAGCAUGCGAUGUAGAUGAGCAGUCGAGGGCCGACAAGAAGCUACAGUCGGACGUUAGAUUUUGGUUCAGCCCGAUACACGGCAAUGCGAAUGCUUGCCUCACAGUCCGUAUUCAGCAAUCGAAUAUUCGCGUCGAACAAUGGCAUCGAGAUCACCGAGGCAGAAUUUGCCGUAAGGGGGUAGUUUGGAUAACGAAGACUACGGACCGUUUAGUAGUCGAUAAUAACUACCCUAUCCGAAUCUCGGUUGAAGACUAA